AUGGGAUUACAGCUCAUUCAUAAGAGGUGGGAAGCUGCAUGGUGUGUGCAUGAAACACAUGUUUUUGACCUCUGUUCGCAUCUAUCUUACAUAUCUUGACGCUCUUCUAUAUCUUGAACCUUCUUCAUCUUAUAUCGGUAACUAUCGGUACUGCACAAUGCGUAUCAAGCCACCCGAUCGUUACAUAACCUGUACAAACCUCUAGAUGGAGUAUUUAUCUGACGAUAUCGCAGCAGCGAGUAGCUUGCAGUUCGCUGCGUGCAUACACGCGUCGAUGGCUACAUUCUGGAUCUAUGAUUAUGCAUGUUCACUCCAUGAGGAGUGGACAUUUUUACUUCGGUCGCGCUGGAACAAAGUAAAAGGCCUGUAUAUUGUUACACGAUACCUUCCCUUUAUCCUUCUCACCAUGAAUCUAUAUCUGAGCUUUACCACGAAAGAUAAUCCAGGUAAAUGCCGGAUGUUGGUUAAUAUCGACUCAGUUAUUGGUAUGGUAUCAGCCAUUUUCUCCGAAUGUAUCUUUCAUUCCCUCGCAUUAUAUGUGUGUUUCUGAUCUGAUUCAUCCAGGUUUUUUCAUCCUCAGAACAUAUGUGCUCUGGAACAAGAAC